UUUUAUGGUAAACCUAAUAACACUUUACUCUCUUCCUUACGAAAACCUCAACAAGAACAAACAGCAUGUCCCCCACCACGGCGGCGCCGCCGGAGAUCCUCAUCCCGUCACUACCAAACGACGUCGCUUUGCAAUGUCUGGCUCGAGUCCCGAGACAGUACCACCCAGUCCUCGCGGCGGUGUCGAAGCCAAUCAGAUCCCUCCUCUCCUCCCCAGAAUUCUUCGCCGUCCGGUCAUCCCUCAACUCCACCGAACUCCUCCUUUACCUCAGAAUUCAACGCUCAUGCGACGAUCCCGACGGUUGGUUCACGGUGUAUGGACGACCCAACCAAAACGACAACAUCAAGAGCAGUAUUAUCCUGGCUCCGGUCCCAGGAGUUCCCGAUGAACAGCUGUAUUUGUCCAAUUACGGUUCCGUGGGCCCCAAGAUCUACGUCUUGGGCGGCUUAACAGGCUGUGGAUUUUCAACUGAGGUGUGGGCUUUCGACUGCCGCUUCCACACGUGGGAGCGCGGUCCGAGCUUGCCAACAGCUAGAAUGCGCGUGGCCAAGACCGUAGCUUUCGACGGCAAGAUUUACGUGGUCGGAUGGUCGGCAGCGGUGGAGGAAUCAUGGAUAGACGUGUUCGACACGGUAUCUGAGCGCUGGGAGGCCCUCGCAAGCCCCAAGCUUGGGGACCGCAGCAAAGAGGUUGUCGGAUGUGCCAUUAGAGGCGGUAAAGUUUGCGUCUGGUCGGAGUUUGAAGAGCUGAAGUUCGACCCAGCAACGAAGACGUGGGAGGUGUUUCGGAGUGGUGUUGGGUCGGGAUUGUGUUGGACCACACAGAUUUGCGAGGUGAAUGGGGUGUUGUAUUGCGCUGAAAAUCAUAAGGGGAUGAUUAAAGGCUUUGAUGAAAGAAUUGGGGUGUGGAAAGUGGUCGAGAUUGUGAAUAAUUGUGGGCUGUUGCCGGAUCACUCGUGGAUACCUUGGAUGGUCAAUGCGGGAGGGAGGUUGGUAAUGAUGGGGUGGAGAGAAUUACAGGAUCAAACUGUGAAUUCAGAAUUGGAUGAUGAGAUGGGAAUAUGGUGUGCGGAAAUUGAAGUGAAGAAGGAUGGAGAUUGGAAUUUCCAGGGAGAAGUUUUGUGGUCGGAGAUGGUUGCUUCAAUGUCCAGAAGGUUGAUGGAUAAGGUGCUCUGUUCCUGCGCUUGUUUUCCAGUUUCUUUGUGAGGACUAUUGAUGCAGUAGUUUUCAUGAUUGGAGAUGUUCGCCUGAAGCAUUGGCCAAAAAUUUGAGUCAGAAGGUUAUGUUUCCUCCUUGGAAGAUAAAAGUUUCUAAGAAUUGCUUAACCAAGGUGCAAUGGUCUAUUAUUCUUUGUAACAAGGAUAUAGUGCAACUCUCUCUCUCUCUCUCUCUCUCUCUCUCUCUCUCUCUCUCUCUUCAAUCAAAAGGUUGCAGUGAACUUUUCAUUUUACUCGAUGAUCUUAUAGGCAUCGUUUACUUCACGGAUUCGAGUUUUCAAUUCGAGCUG